AUGAUUGGAAGAAGUGCAGUUGCUGAUUCUCUUUUUUUACCCCAUCCUCUUCAAUACUCACAGUAUUGUGCUUCUUAUGGGCAAUAUCCUGUAAAAAUGAACACCUACGAUAAUGAGCCGAGCACAAGUUUUAAUCAGAUUCAAAACGUCGAAGUGACUCCUGAUAUAAAUCAGUUUUAUGCUUCAAAAUCGAGUGUCAAAAAGGAAUCAAUAUCGGAAAGUCCUUCAUCAAGUGAUGGCUAUAUCCCUGCUUUAUCGUCAUUUUCUAAUAGUGCAUAUUUUGGACUGCAUUUGAAAAUGCAUACAGAGGGAAGCAGCCAUUGUUGUGAUAUAUGCAACAAGUAUUUUGUUAAUUCCUCCAAUUACAAAAUUCACUUAAGAACUCACGAUGGAGACAAGCCUUUCAAGUGCAUCGAAUGCGACAAAGGCUUUCUCACAUCCACCAAUCUUUCGACCCACAUGAGAACUCACACUGGACAGCGUCCCUUCAAAUGCGAUCACUGCAACAAAACAUUCAUAAACUCAUCAAACUUAAACAUUCAUCGAAACUAUCAUAAAGGACUGAAAAGUUAUCACUGUAAAUUUUGCAGCAAAACUUUUCUCACAUCUUCCAAUUUAAAAGUUCACGUUCGGAUACACACUGGUGAAAAGCCUUAUCGGUGUUUUAUGUGUGAAAAAGCAUUUGUCACUUCGUCAAAUCUCAAUCUUCACAUCAAGAGUCAUAAGGGAACCGUGAACAUCGAUGCUGGCCCUCCCUGA